AUGGCGGACAUCAUUCGCGAUGCCCCCAUCGGGCAGAUAAUCCGCUACAUCUCUAAUAACCGCCUCCUCCAGUACCACGAGGAAAAGACGGAUUUCAAACUCCCCAGCCCAUGGGCUGAACUCAUCAGCAAUCCGGACCCCGUCGUUCCUGGCACAGUCAUAUCCGCUGUACCUAUCAAUGACGAAACCAAUGCCAGGAGCGUCCCACAACAGGUCAUACAGGAGGAGAAAAAUGGGGAUCAGAAGGGUCUGGAAGAGGGGCAGCAACACUUCCACAGCACAACAGACAACGCGGGUGGGAACGGCAGCGCUGCCGAGCUUCGCAACAUGAAAAAUAUCAAGUCUAUCCCCACCGUCCCUGAACGCACGAAGGACGGUGCCAUCCUCGUCAACUGGUACUACUCUGAUGACUCCGACGAUCCGCACAACUGGUCGAGCAGCAAGCGUUUCGCCGUCUCGCUCAUCAUCUGCAUUUAUACCUUUGUGGUCUACACCUCUUCCGCCAUCUACACCACUUCCAUCGAGGGCGUCAGGGAGGCCUUUGGCGUUAGCAGGCUCCAAGCCAUGCUGGGUUUGUCGCUGUACGUCCUCGGGUAUGGUGUGGGACCCCUGUUGUUUUCGCCCUUGGGCGAGAUCCCAAGUAUUGGGAGGAGCCCUGUCUAUGCCGUGACAAUGGUCCUGUUCGUCAUCAUUUCGAUUCCUACGGCUUUUGCGGGCAAUUACCCAGGGCUUAUGGUGCUGCGCUUUCUACAGGGCUUCUUUGGCUCGCCGUGCUUGGCGUCUGGAGGUGCUUCGCUUGGAGAUAUGUACAGCAUCACAGCGAUUCCCUAUGCGAUGACGGCUUGGGUUUCUGCAGCGUACUGCGGACCCGCGCUAGGGCCGCUUCUCAGUGGCUUCUCCGUCCCUGUCUUCUCGUGGCGCUGGUCCCUCUACGAGUCUAUCUGGGUAUCCGCCCCUGUCCUCCUCGUCAUGCUCCUCUUUCUGCCUGAAACCAGCGGCCCCAACAUUAUGCUGCGCCGUGCCCAGCGCCUCCGGAAGCUCACAGGCAACCAGCGCUUUGUGUCUCAGAGCGAGAUUGACCAGCGUGACAUGAAACUCUCGGCCGUCUUUCUCGAUGCCCUCAUCAAGCCCCUCGAGAUUACCAUCAAGGAUCCCGCAGUGCUCUUUGUGCAGAUAUACAUGGCCAUUAUUUACGGCAUCUACUACUCGUUCUUCGAGGCAUUCCCCCUCGUCUACCCAAUCCACUACCACAUGAACCUGGGCCAAGUCGGCCUCAUCUUCCUCUGCAUCCUCAUUGCCUGCCUGAUAGCCGUCGCCAUCUACACCAUGUACCUCUACACCUACAUAACCCCCCGCAUCCUCAAAUCUGGCACCGGCCCUCACGAGAACCGACUCAUCCCCGCCCUCGCCGCCUCUCCCGGCCCCACACUCGGCCUUUUCCUCUUCGCCUUCACCUCCCGCGCAAGCAUCCACUGGAUCGUUCCUACAGUCGGCAUAACAAUCUACAGUGCCACCUGCUUCAUCAUCAUGCAGUGUCUCUUCGUGUACAUCCCGCUCAGCUACCCGCGCUACGCUGCGAGUCUUUUCGCGGCGAAUGAUUUCUUUCGUAGUGCGUUUGCUUGCGGGAGUGUUCUUUUUGCGGAUCCGCUGUUUCGGAGGUUGGGUGUUGCGAGGGGAGUUAGUCUUUUGGGCGGGAUGAGUGGGAUUGUCCUCGUAAUUAUUGGUGCGGUCCAGAUGGUCUGUCGCCGUGCCUCUUCGCCUCCUUCGGGAGAAUCUCGACUGCGACGCCGCCGCCUCCGCGGAGUUCGUUCCCGGUUGCCGUCCUCUUCGGAGGAUAAGGCUAUCCUCGCGCCUGUGCCCCGCCCGGCUUCGCCGGAUUUCGCCGCUCUCUUUUUCUUUUUGCUAGCGGCCUCCGUUGGGCAGGUGCAGACCACCCCUGUGCCGGUCCGCGUCAAUGUGGAUGGCUUGCCCUUGGCCCAUGGGGGUAGUCCCUGGUGCCACCACUGUCUUGUUUGUUUGGAGCGAGAUGCUGCAUCUGCGUGCGUUUUCUUGCCGAGCCGUUUGAACUGCGUUUACUGCGCAAGCCAACGCCAUCUUUGUGUUGCUCCAGAGACUGCCGCUGGCCCCUUGGCAGUUUCUGUGGUCACUGCGCACCACGCGUUUGUUGGACUUCCCCAGUCCAGUCGCCCUGCCGCGCAAGAAAGGGCGGCUGGGCUGGUGAGGGACUAUAGGCGCGCAGUUCGGAAGCCUCGGGUACGGCGCAUGGCUAAGGAUCUGGUUAUCGCGCUUCCGAGCGCUCCUAACAAGCGUCACCAAGCGUUUCCCUAA